UUAGGUUUUGUUCUUUUUUUAGCAGCUUACAAGAGUGUCAUGGGCAAUACUCGAACUUGUUUGAGCCAGUGUGAAAUUCCUGUUGCCAACACCACUAAACUUCCCAGUGGAACUAUGACCAACAAUAGGCCUACUUUUAUAAUUAAAAAAUCAUAAUGCAACAGAUAACUACUAGUACUACAAUUGUAGUAUGACGUGAUGUGAGUAUACAUGUACCUUAAAGGCCCAUUUACAGACUUAUACAGGUCAUGUGUGAUAAACAUUGCAAAGUGACCCUGUGCAGCUAUGUGAGCGACUAUCAUAACCGUGCCAGAUCUGCUAUUGCAGCAUUAUGCGUGUCUUCACAUGAUUUAGAUUAUGCUUAAAUAUUUGAAGAUUGAAAAAGGCGUGGUAACUCUUCCAAAACGAAUAUAAGGAAUGUGUAUUUACAUAAUAAAUAACAAACAUGGGUUUGGUUGGUUGUGUGAGAGUAAACAUUACACUUCUUUUCUCUGGGCGUUAACCGAGGACACAAUGGUUUUGUCAAUCAUUAACAAAGCAUUGAUUGAGCAUAGGAUGCUUUGGGAUAUCUGGAUCCGUGCUUUCUCAGUGUGUCUACUUACAUGGAGUCGUUGUUGCGCCUGAAUUUCUCGUCUAGCCCGAUUUCAGCAGUGCACGCCAGUGAAGCCUCACCUCUAUAUCCCAGGUAACAGUCACGCAGGAGUUCCGUUUAGCGCGGUGAUCAAGAAAGCGAAAGACGACGCAGUCUUUCUAAAAAAAAAACAAGACAAACCUGUUGGAGGUGUGGAGGGGUGGAUCUGUUGAGCGGUAAGAGGGUACAAGGAAACUGAGUCGAGUGCUACAAACAGGUGAACGACAGCUUGCGAUGAAGCCGAGCAAUGUCUUUCCCGAGCUCCUGGAUUUGAGCUUUCUGUCCGCAGAGGAGGAAGAAGCGAUCCUAAAAGUUUUACAGCGAGAUGAAAACUUGAGGAAGAAUGACACCGGACGCCUGAGGCGGCUGAAGGCCACCACCCCAGACCCACAGCAGUUGAGGGUCAAGACGGGCGAGUGGUUCGAGGAUCUCAAGGCGGAACGCUAUGGCCAGCCUUGCGACAUCACAACUGUCGUUAAGUCCUCUAUGAGGAAAAAGAGGACACCAGCCCACAAGACCAACCCCUUUAUGGAUUAUGCUGCAACAGAAGACAGGGGAAGCGGAGAAGUUAUCAACUCAAAUCAGUUAUCCACCUCCAGGCGACUUCCGACUUUUACUGAAGAGACAUACCGGGAAUACACUGAUGAAGAUUUCUAUCUGAAUGAUGAGUCCACCUCCUCUGACAUUGGUGAAAAGAAAUCACCAAGCUACCUAGAUGAAGGGGGAAAGCAGUGUGCUGGAAAAUCUUCUAACCCUUUCCAUAACGCACACACACCUGUCAGCGCUGCCACCGAUCCUGGCAAUCAUUCACCAGGAGUAAACGAUUUACCUCCUGCUGAGAACAGGAGUUUCAUGUUCCUGCAAUCUCCUUUUAAGCCAGCCACCCCUAAGGAUGCUGUCAAGCCUGCCGAGUCAUACAGGAGGGUGUCCCUCCCACCUGCUUUGCGUAAAGGAGCGUCAGUCGAAGACAGCUAUCAGAUAUCUGUUGAACCCAACAUAGUUGCACAGUCUGAUUUGAAGCACGAUGGAUCACUCUCAGGUACUGGGGUUGAGUAUGGGGAGAGUGAGGCCCAUACUAGCUGCUCGUCGUCAGACACGGAAGAUCAGAGUGAGUCCCAGUCUGUCCCUCAUACUCCCUCUGAACCAGUCCUCCUGCACUUCCAUCAGAAUGUCUCGGACGAUGUAAACAUUUCUCACGUAAGCGAGAGGCCGGUUCCUCGUCAGAGAACAUUUUUGGAGAGGAGUGCUGAUUCUGACACAGCAGAACACACCAUGCCUGAAGCCUCGAGCUCGCUCCCCUCGGCCACCAAGCAGAUGGAAGCGAUAAGGUAUGAAGCUGCUUCCUUUAGAUCUCUAUCUCCAGAAGUUAUUUCCUGCUCUGGCAGUGAGUCUGCAGAGCUUCAUGAGAGAAGUCAGUUUGAGAUGGAGGAGCCAGAGAUUACGCUGAAGAAACAGCCACGAAUAGACUUCAGACUUCAUCCUUCGCAUGGUGUAUCACGCAACACACAAGUCACAGCUAGUGAGGAUUCUAAAAAAACACAGGGGGUGUCCAGUGAAAGAGAUGUGGAUCGUGAUGAGGAGGAGAGCCCAUCACGUCAAGAGUUGCAUGCAAGUGUUCACAUAUUUGGCAAAAAAAUGGUCUCACAUUCAGCAGAAUUCAAAAACAAGGAAACAGAAGAUGAGACAAGUGGUGAAAAUGCAGCUAAGGCCUUAGAGCCAGGACAGCUAAAUAAAGUCCCUUCAGCAGAGAGUCAAGAUUCUCCCAUGGACAUCAGCAAGUCUUUUCAGGAUGUUUGCCAUGAAGAGCCAGGGGACACAUUAGUGACUCCUGACAUAGAAUAUAAACUUCCAAAACUGAGCACUCAUUCCUACCUAGUUGUUCAUGCAGGAGAUGAAACGCUAUCUAGCGAUUUAAGUGGUUCACAAUUAGGCGGUGGCCUUUCUGAGGUUUGUACCAAGGAAGAUGAAUUGGGAAUGAAUCAGAGGCAUACUGAAAUUCAAUCACCAGCUGCACAAACAGUGGUCCCAUGGCACGGAGAGCAAAUGGAACUCGAUGAAUCUCUCCUUGAAAUAAGGCCGGGAGAAACACAUCCCUCGGCUUUAACUCUGGGAUCUGCCACAGGGGAGGCAGCAAACACGCCUACGAGCGGUGGCCUUAGCGGCAGAAUGAAAUCGUCCUCUGAAUUAGAUCACACUGAAGCAGUGGCGGACGAGGAGGGGGAGAAGAGAACUCCGUUUGGGAUUAGGUCAAUGAGGGCCUAUACACCACUGCCUUCGCAGCCUAGUGUUGAUCACGUGACCAGAGGCCAGGACUCACACACACCCUCAGAGGAAGUGACUGUGGGCAAAGUCAGAGGGACUAAAGAACCCCUUCAUUACGACCAGGAAGAUAAGUGGGCCUUUUCCAUCAAGUCCCAAGAGGUCGAGCGAGACAUGGUUCAGGACACGUCCUCACCAACCCCUGGUGUGGAUGAAGAGAGAAUGUCAUCUCGUACUCCACGUGACACAAAUCUGGAUUUUAGCAAUGUUGUAGAACUUAGUUCCAGUAAACCCUCUGUGACUGAGAUAUUAAACGAGAGUGGAGAUGCUGGAAAUGACAGGCAGGAGGUGCACAAGAGGGAUGCUGAUCUGGAUAAGACGAUACAGUCAGCAGGGUCCCCCUUUGAACUACAGCAGGGAAAUCCCUUUGCGUCUGCUGUCGGUGAUGUGCAUGUGUCUGAGGAGGAAAUCGCUACCCCUGAACAUGUUUCCUCAAGUGUUGAUGUACGUCCUCUUAGGCCAGAAGACCAGCCCACCCCAAGCGUACAACUGGGAAAUGGAAAUUAUAAAAUACCUGCCAUAGUUAUCCUGCCCUCAGAGGGAAUCCAAGGGGGAGAGCAGAGGUCCACACCAGCACAAGCAAAACCUGACGGAACCAAAGGGAUCAUUGCAUCCUCUGCUGAAUGGGAGGAUGAGGCUCUGGACACAGAUGAUGACCAAAGCUCCGUGUCCAGCUAUGGGUCUGAUCUUUCAGCCAGGAAGAGUCACCUAUCUAAUGCAUUAUCUCUCUCAGGGCGCACAGGCAGUCUGUUGAGUAUCUACAGCGACGCCGGGGAUUAUGGGAAUGUGGUGGUCCAGGGUGCGGUUGAGUUUGCAAUGAUGUACAGCCCGGCUGAGGAACUUAUCCUCAUGGUGGAACAAUGCCAGGACCUGGCCUAUGGCAGUACACGCAAACAACGCACAAACCCUUAUGUGAAGACAUACCUCUUCCCGGAUAAGUUCCGGCGUACUAAAAUGAAGACCUCCAUUAAGAAGAACACAAACAACCCAGUUUAUGUUGAAUCACUCAGGUACAAAAUUAAAAAGAAAGAUCUGCUGGACAAGACGUUGAACCUGUCUAUCUGGCACCAUGACUCCAGGGGCCGAAACGUCUUUCUGGGGCAGGUGGAGCUGAGCCUAAAGACCUGGGACUGGGGCCAUGAGGCUCUGACCUGGUACAAUCUACAGCCCAAGGGUGGUGAGGGGAUGGAAUCUCAGGACUAUCGUGGAACCUUGUUUGUCGCACUGAAAUAUAUACCCGCAGUGGCAACAGGCGGCUCCAAACCGGCCACAGGAGAAAUCCACGUGUGGUUGAAAGAAGCUAAAGAUCUCUGUCAGCUGAAGUCCCACAGUGUGGACUCCUUUGUGAAGUGUUACAUGUUACCAGACACGAGUAAGAAGAGUCGUCAGAAGACCAGAGUGGUGAAGAAGUCUCAGAGCCCCGUGUACAACCACGCCAUGGUGUUCGACGGCUUCAGGGCGGGCGAGGUGCGCGAGGCCUGCUGCGAGCUGACUGUGUGGGACCACCACAAACUCUCCAAUCAGUUCCUGGGAGGGGUGCGAAUCUGCUCGGGCACAGGAGAGAGCUACGGCAAAAAAGUGGACUGGAUGGACUCUGUGAACCAGGAGGUUGAAAUCUGGGAGCGAAUGUUAUCAAAGCCAAACGACUGGGUUGAAGGAAUCCUCCCCCUACGUUCCUCCAUGACACCCCGGAAGUGAAGUCUUCUGUUGGAGGACACAAUAAUGAAGGUCAUACAAGUAUCUAAUGAUUAUCUGCCAGACUAACAAUGCCGUUUACUUGCUAUUUAUGGACUAGUUCUUGUCUCACUGUCAAAGAUCUGUGACUGGACCGGACAUGUAUAUAAUACAGUAUGUUAGUGGUGCUAAUCCACCUCAAUUUCCCUCUGUUUUUCCAGAAAUCAUAGUCUUUUCGGAUGCAACAAAUGAUGUGUUUGUUAAAAGAUGCCCUGAUUGGAAUAAAUAACUUUCCCUCUGUAACUCAUGA